GCUUCAUCUUGCCUACAAGGAACAAAUACGGAUGAGCUAGGAAUAUGAUGGGCAUCCAAGAUAUCCGCGAUGGUGUGUCAUCUCUGUUCAUCAUGCUAAACAAGGAGACAUUCGUGCUGUUUCGGAUCGAGUUUCUUGUGGUCCUGGUCACACUCUUGUUCCUCUCGAUGUUCAUCAUGGACGUCUUUCGUCGCCACAUCCGCAACAGAGUCAUGAAAACUAUCUUUAGCAUCUUGGAUGGUGUCUCUGACUCUAUUAUCUUAUACCUGCUGGGGGCCAUGCAAACAGCCAAGUUCAAGAAUCAGCUGUUCCCAGUCUGGGCCCUUGUGCUUGUUAGUUUCCGUUACAAUGUCGACUUUAUCUCUGGCUAUGGUGUUGAUGACCGCCAUGGGCGACGGUUCAUGGAGUGGAGGAAUGUGGUGAAACUUCUGGGAUCGGCGUUCUUGAACUGGUCACGUGGCUCAAGGUUCACACUUCCACUCUGGUCACUUUGGGCUCUGCAGAUACUAAGGAGCUGGUACAGAUACCAUUCCUAUCUUCUCGCACUCAAUUCUGUCUGGCAUGGUAAGAGUUCAGAGGUCGUUGCAGAGCAUAUGCGUGCUGGCCCUCACACUAGCAACUGGAAACCAGAGGACUGCAACCCAGAGAAUAUGGUAGGAUACAAAUACUUGGUGCAUGGAGAAACCGAUCAGAGAAUCAAACUCGAGAAGCCUAGGUAUGUCAUGUAUAUUGAUACUGCUCAGAAUGACCAGCAAGCUGAGCGCGGUUUUUCAUCGCUGGUUACCCUAGACAAUAUCUGGGGAUGUCGCAGGCACCUGUUAAACCCAAACAACAAUAAGGGGAAUGACCAAAAGGACCUAUGUCUGGCCUUCGCCUUGUCCAGGCUGCUCCGGUGCAGGCUCGAGGAUGUGACACUUCAACAAGAUAUCUUCCGCAUCAACCGAAAGCUAGUUAAGACUAAGAUCCUUGAGGAGGAGAACACUGACCGUGCCUUUAGGGUCAUGGAGCUGCAACUCUCCUUCGUAAAUGACUACUUCAAUACCCGCUACCCUAUGGUCUUCUGGAAUGGGUUCCCUUCUCUCUUCUUAAAUUUGCUUCUCUCCAUGGUGACCUUCUUUGUUGUAUGCUGGCUUGCUGUGGACAUCCGUAAGGUCUAUAUGCCCCCGAAAAACGACCGAGCUCGUGUGGUACAUGGGUUCAAUGUUGACAUGAUCAUCACCUGGGUAUUCAUGUUUUUUAUGCUAUUUAAAGAGAUCUGGGAGAUGGUCAGCUACUUAGUCUCAGACUGGACAAGAUUACUCCUAGUGUGCAGCUAUGCACGGUGGAAGGAAGAGCGCACUAGAAACAGAUGCAUGGAGGGCACAAUAUCAUCCUUUUUCAGAUCUAGGAUAACUAGUAAGCAGUGGCAUGGACUUAUUGACCAGUACGUCUUCUUAGAGUCGUAUGAUGACAGGCCAAGAUUUUCGAAUCUGAUGCACAAGAUAACCACUGGAAUGGUUCCAAAGAAGGAUGAUGGAGUAGCACUCCGCAGUGCCAUCAAUGUGCCAGAAUGUGUCAAGCCAGCAAUACUGAAGAAGCUAUGUGCAAGCCUAGAGCAGCUCAGCUCUCCUAAUAUUGUACAUGAUCAGGAGCAAAGCCAUUUUCUGCCCAAGGUCAUCACGUCACUGUCCGGCAAUGACGGUGACCGAAGGAAGCGUUACAGUUGGGCCUGCUACGACCUGCCCACAUGCUCUCAUGUAAUUUUGGUGUGGCAUAUUGCAACCAGCCUCUGUGAAAUGAAGCUUGCUCAAGACCAUGACGUCGACUUAAGCAAACAUGGGUUCCUAAGCUCACUCUUGUCAUAUUUCACAAGUUGUUUCUCAUCGAAACCAUAUCUUGUGGAUGUGGACGAGAAGAGGAAAGAAAAUAAGAAAGUAAAUGAGAAGUUGACUGGUAAGCUACAGGAAAUGUAUAUCACUGCGAAUAGCUUGUCUCGGUACUGUGCAUAUCUGCUAGUUUCAAAGCCGGACCUGAUCCCUGACAGCUUUUAUGUACCCUACAUGGUCUUACAAGAAACCGUGACAUGUGCUCGUGAUGAUAUUCUUAAAAAUUGUGACUCGCUACUGAGCAGGUAUGCCAAACUGAUGGAAGAAGCAGAGAAGGCCAUCCAAGAUGCCGACGACGUCAUGGAGAAGGAAGAUAUUGUGCGAUUAGGUGCAAAACUGGGCAAGGAACUGAUUGAUCAAGAGACUGAAGAAGAAUGCUGGGAGAUUCUUUCUGGGGUAUGGGCUGAUUUACUAGUGCAUAUUGCCCCCACUUGGAACGCAGAGGCACACAAGGAAUGCCUUGAGUCAGGAGGGGAAUUUGUAACCUAUAUCUGGGCAUUGUUGUGGCAUUGUGGAAUCGAGAAGAGCAAAUUAUGGCCAGUGGAAGAUCUGUAUGACAUUGUGGUGGUCAGAGGGAUGCAGAAUAACGGGGACACAUGUUACUUCAAUGCAGUGUUGCAGAGUCUCCUUGCACUUGAUAAGCUGCGUGCAAGGAUGUUAGGACCGGGUGCUCCGACAGGGAAACUUGGUCAAGAACUACAGAAGCUCUUCAAAAAGACAAGCAAUAUCAAUGGCACAGGAGGUGUGCUGAUGCCAGAGAAGCUCUUCUUAGAUAUUUGCUCAAGGAAUUCAGAUUUUAGACCCGGCGUGAUGGAAGACAGCAAUAACAUGCUUGGUUCCUUGAUAAAUGGUUUGAAGAAUGAGGAAGGUACAAUGGUUGAGUCACUAUUCCGCAGUGAGGUUGUUAAACAUGUCUCCGGCAAAGAGUGUGAGCACACAUCAAUUACAAUCGAGGACCUUGAUCUCAGUCUAGCAAUACCACCAAAGAAGCCUGCAUCAAUCGAGGACUGCUUGGAUUUGUAUGCCACUGGAUUGAUCGAGGAUUGGCAUUGCAUAGACUGUUCAGCUGCUUCUGCAGCUGGAAAUACCUCUUUGAACCAAGAUACAACAAUCGAUGGCCAACCCGAACAGUCAAACAAUAAAACAUACAAAAAUGAGGAAUCUGGCCAUCCAGCUGACAGGCAAACGAGAACAACAUAUCGGAACAAUGGAAAGCUACCGGUGAUUGAUGGCAAUGCAAAUCAAAUGGAACAGAGCCAUAAAAAACAGAAAGACGAAAAGAAGAUAUGCAGGGCUGCAAUAGUACAAUAUCGCAUUACCAAGUCGGCGCCUAUACUAACCAUUCAUCUGAAGAGAUUCAACUAUGUCCACUCUGAUAGGCCAUACGAGUUGCAAGAGCGUGUGAACUUUGAAGAUACACUUGAUAUAACAAAGUUCAUAGAUCCUGGGCAUCUCAAGGACGACGAGUACAAGUACCGUCUAGUUGCUGUCAUUGUACACAGUGGACCGACCCUGCGCGAAGGACACAAUUUUGCCUAUGUGAGAGCAAGCCAAAUUGGAUGCCAACAGCAGGCGAGCCAUGACGAUCCAACAUGGUUCUGUGCAAGCGACGAAAGCAUCACAGAAGUAUCACUAAAAGAGGUGCUCGAGUGUCAGGCCUACAUUCUUUUUUAUGAAAGGGUCGAACAGCCAAAGGCCAAGCCAGUUGUAGAAGAGCAUCCACCAACCGGUCACUGAUGAGGAGAAAGAUGGAUGGGAAGGGAAAACAGUUGUGUAUUAGUUUUGUUGUUUCAUUCAGCAAUCAGCAUAGUUUGGUUUAUUUUGUGGAGUGUUGUGAUCCCAUCGUGGGAAGGGCUUGAAGUUUUGGAUGAAGAGCUCGCUCGAACCGUUGCUUUGACUUUGAUUUUCGCAAUUCAAUUUGGUUGUAAUGGAAUAAUCAUAUCCAUUUGCAAACUGUGUUCGUAUUUAUCUUUU